UUCUUACUCUAACCAUAUCAUUCAAGGGUCCUCUAGUUGUUUUCUUUGAUCUUGAAAGAUAUAUAUAUAUGGUUUGCUGGAGAAUCGGCAAAAAGGGAAAAAUAUUCACAUCCUUUUCUAUCUUAUAUAUACAUUCGUCGUUAAUAUAGUUGUUGUUUGAAUCGUUCAUGGGCUCGGAUUGUGAAAACAAAGAAUGUGAACGUUGUUGUAGUUGUGAUCCAAUGGUUCACAAUACACCAACAUGGAUUCGAUCUGUGAAACGAAAGCUAGAUGAACUCGAAAUAGAAGAAGAAAGUUUCUUGAUCCCGGGUUUAUCAAUACCUGAAGUGGCUCGUGUUGAGAUUGAAAAUGAAUGUGGUGCAUUGCGUGAAAUGGUUACAAAGCAACAACAAACGAUUAAUUCACUUUUGGUUGAGUUAGAGGAAGAAAGGAAUGCGUCUUCUUCAGCUGCAAACGAGGCCAUGUCAAUGAUCUUAAGGUUGCAACGCGAGAAGGCAGAAAUUGAAAUGGAGCUAAGACAAUUUAAGCGCUUUUCUGAACAUAAAACGAGUCAUGAUCAACAAGAGAUUGCAGCGUUAGAAGACUUGUUGUAUAAACGAGAACAAACGAUUCAAUCUUUAACUUGUGAAGUACAAGCGUAUAAAUACCGAAUGAUGAGUUAUGGUCUUACAGAAUCUGAAGCAGAUGGUGAAAAGGGUGUAAUCACACAUGCUAACAGCAUCAUCACAAACUCAGAAAACCAAUUUGAUUUCAUUCCAUAUGAUUACCCUCCUCUAAAAUGCCAUACAAAUGAGCAAGAAACUUACCCUGAAUCUGAUAAUGAAACAAUUGAUAUAGAUAAAUAUGCAUUCACUGAGACCCCGUGUUCUUUAAAAGACAUUGAACAACGAAUAAACCAACUAGAAAAAAGUCCUAGCCAUCAACCCGUGUUUGACAAAGUUAUCGUUGGUCAUUCUCCAAGAAAACAAAAACCUGCCAGCCUGUUUUCUUUUGAUAGUGCAGGUUCGCUCUUUGCGACCAUCAAAGAAGAGAACCCAAGUUUCAAAAAGGUCGAUAACAGGUCAGAGUUUGGAAGUGAACUGAGCGAUAGAAUAUACACCGUUGACUCAGUUCAUUAUGGUGAAACAUAUCAUAAUGACCCGAAGGCGAAUAUAGACACGUAUGAUGAUAUAAUGAGCAGCCCAAAAGAUUCAGUGUGUCAUAGUGAGAUACAAGAUCCAGAGGUUAUGAAGCUUUAUGCAAGAGUUCAUGCAUUAGAGGCUGAUAGGGAAUCCAUGAGGCAGGCUAUUAUUAAUAUGAGAACAGAUAAAGCCCAGUUGGUAUUAUUGAAGGAAAUAGCUCAAAAUUUGUGCAAAGAUAUGUCACCUGCAAACAGGAUGCCUAUUAAGAAACUAUCUGUAUUUGAAAGUUUGGGUCAAAGUCUUGCAUCCUUAAUCUUGUGGAAAAAGAAAACAAGUCAAUGCAAGUACAUGUUUGGUAUGACUGCAAGUAAUCCAGGGUUGAUGGUACUUUUCGACAAGGGACCUCAGGUGGAGCAAUGGAGAUGCGUUUCAAGAACACAACUUUAACUAUUAAACUGUCU